AUGGGCUUGCAAGAUGACUCGCAAUCUGCUCAUGCGGAAGUCUUACCUGACUCGAUCUGCUUGACCGGUUUAUCGGUUCGCAUGUUAGUAGGAGUGGAUAAUUGGGAGCGUGUGAAACCACAACCGGUCAAGAUUGAUGUGCAAAUUCAUACAGAUGUUUCGAAAGCAGGCAAAGCUGAUCAUUUACCCCAUAGCAUCCAUUAUGGUAUUUUGACGAAAGAAUUGGAAUCUCAUUGUUCAGGCGAACGAUACAGAAGUUUGGAAGCACUGGCAGAAGGAUUGGCAAAAGUAUGCAUCUUUACUUGCAGAGGACCCAAAGUCACUUUACGAGUACAGAAGCCAAGAGCACUUUUGCAUGCUGAUUCGGCAGGAGUACAAAUCAUUCGAACUGCAUCAGAUUUUGUGACCACAGAUGGAAGGAAUGCGGAAGAAGCUUCUCUGCGCCUUUCUGGAUCGUCUUAUUGGGCUCAACAUGAUCGUGUAUUCGUAAAGGAUUUGUGUAUCAGCACAAUCUUGGGUGUCAAUCCUUGGGAACGUGUGGAUAAACAGAUUGUACGAAUCAACCUGGAAGUUUACUCAGGUUUGGAACGUUUGCGUCAGGCCGCCCUGAUCGGAUCGAGCAAAGCAGCCGUACCUACGCCUACUGUUGAUAUGGUCACCAAACCGCAAAACUAUCGAACGAUUGUCAGAUCCAUUUCAGAGCAUGUUCAAAGGACGAACUACAAAACAGUCGAGUCAUUAGCCUUGAGUAUUGCAGAAAUCGCUGUUCGUGAGAAUCGAGUUGAGAGGAUUCGUGUACGGGUGGAUAAGCCAAGCGCAAUCAUGUUUGCCGAUUGUGCUGGAGUGGAAGUGGAACGUGAUCGUGCAUAUUUCGAAUCGGUCAAUGAGGAAGAGGCUAUGGAGCCGAUCAUCACACCUGCAUCAAUGUCCGCCAGCUUCACAGCUAAAGCCACAGGUGCAGCUUUCACAAAAGUGAAUGGAUUGGAUCAUGAUUGGCACGUUGCUGCAAUCGCCUUGGGGUCUAAUGUAGGAGACCGUUUUGCCAAUAUCGAAAGAGCGGUCGCUCUGCUAGGCGCAUCAAAAGACUGCAAAUUGGUCGAUACGAGCUUCUUGUAUGAAACCGAGCCAAAGUACUACAUCGAUCAGCCAAAAUUCAUCAACGGGGCUUGUCGAAUCGCCACUAAAUUGGAUCCGCAUUCACUUUUACGACUUUGUCAAUCGAUCGAGAAGGAGAUAGGAAGGGACAAAGAUGGAGUUCCAAUCAAAGGACCGCGAGCGAUUGAUUUGGAUAUUUUGCUCUAUGAUCGUAUCGAGCUCAAUACAUCGGAUCUCAUCGUUCCGCAUGCCGGCAUUCUUGAGCGUGAAUUCGUGCUUAAGCCUCUGAUGGACGUUCUACCCGAUUAUCGUCAUCCAAGCACGUCUAGAACAAUCUCUCAACUACACUCCAUCUUGAUCAAUUCGGAAGGGUAUGUUCAGGAAGAUAUGAGAAGGGUGUUGCCGUUGCAGUUGGGCAAGAAACAAAAGAUUGCUUGGACUUGGGGAACAAAGACGUACGUGAUGGGAAUCAUCAAUGCUACUCCUGACUCAUUCUCUGAUGGAGGUAAUAAUCUCAACGUAGAAAGUGCAGUUUCAACGUCCAAAGCAAUGAUUGAAGAAGGUGUGGACAUUCUGGAUAUAGGUGGAAUGAGUACAGCACCCAAUGCGAAAGAGGUUGACGAACAGGAAGAGAUUGAGCGUGUCGUACCUGUGAUCAAAGCAAUCCGAUCUGCAUAUCAGGAUAUUCCGAUCAGUAUCGAUACGUUCCGUGCUAGCGUAGCUAAAGCCGCUUUGGAAGCUGGUGCAACGAUGAUUAAUGAUGUGACAGCAGGAGUACGUGAUCCAGCAAUCUUUGAAGUGGCUCGCACAUUCGAGUGUCCGAUCAUCUUGAUGCAUAUGCGAGGAGAUUCUAGCUCGAUGAAUUCUUUAGCACAAUAUGCAGGAAAUGAUGUUGUUCGAGUGGUGAGCAAGGAACUCGAAAAUAGGAUCGAAAACGCAUUACGUCAAGGAGUGCCAAGAUGGAAUAUCAUCUUAGAUCCAGGGAUCGGAUUCGCAAAGAAUGCGGAUGGUAAUUUGCAACUUUUACGUGGAUUAGCCAAGAUUCGUAAUGGUAGCGGAAAUGGAGGAGUGGGUCAAAGCAGAAGUAGUUCACCACCUCCUCUUGCAACCCAAAAGGAGCCUUCUUCAGCUUCAUUGGAACCGAAUCUAUCUCUUAAAUCGUUCCCGCUCUUGGUUGGUCCAAGUCGAAAACGAUUUUUAGGUACAAUCACUGGACGUUCAGAAGCAAAAGAUCGAAUGGCAGGUACGGCGGCAGCUUGUACGGCAUCCAUUCUAGCAGGAGCAGAUAUCAUUCGUGUUCAUGAUGUGAAAGAGAUGGUAGAUGUUGCUAAAACUGCAGAUGCGAUUGCACGAGGUGGCGAAGAAUAA